AUGGAUCUUUGGGAGAAGGUCGUCAAAUCCAAAACCAUUCCAGCCGAGGGCCCCGAGAAACUGAGACAUAAUGCAGCCCGGCUAACUGGCUCAUCCGUGGUCCAAGAGUAUGAUGUUAUGCUCGAAGCAGGGCUCGAGUACUCGUACUUGACUUAUGGGUUAGCACUGGUCCUGCUGCGGGUUGAUUACGACGAACCUGGCACCCUGUAUACCACCGCUCCGCUAACCGCAAUCUUGGAUAUUGUGUUUGUGCCUCAUGAGCUUCCGCUCGCAAUAUCGUGA